CAGUCACUGGUCAGCUCCAUGGUGUAGAGGGGUCACCUCCACCAGUCACACAACAGGAGAGAAGACAAUAGAGGGACCAACACAAUGGACAAGAGACGGUAUACCCUGGAGCCACCAGAGGUCAAACUCUACUUGGUCAAAGGAGACAGGUUUACCAAAUGGUCAGAGGAGUCAACCAAGACUGUGCCUGUCACCAUGAAAAUGGACCCUAAAGGCUACUACCUCUACUGGACUAACCAAAGCAAGGAGACAGAGUUCCUGGAUGUUGCAAACAUCAGAGAUACCAGAUCAGGAAAAUAUGCAAAACUUCCUAAACACCCUAAAGUCAGGAAUGUGUUCAACCUGGAUUUUCCAAACAGCGACCAUCUAGUCAAAACCCUGACUGUUGUCACAGGCCCUGACAUGGUGAAUUUGACUUACCACAAUUUCUUUGCUUACAAGGAGAAAGUGACACAGAACUGGGCUGCUGAUAUCCUGUCCAUUGCUUACAACCCAUCGAGGAACAACGCAUGCAGACAAGUCUUCAUGGAGAAAAUGUAUGUCCGCAUCUCCCUUCAGACCAAUAAGGAUGGCAAGAUCCCUGUCAAAAAUAUUUACAAGAUGUUUCCAGCUGAUAAGAAGAGGGUGGAGGGAGCUCUAGCUUCAGCACACCUCCCCAAAGGAAAGGGUGACACUAUGAAGCCGGACGUCUUCACUGAAGCUGCUUUCAAGCUCUUCCUGAUGAGUCUUUGUCCCCGGCCUGAGAUCUAUGAGAUCUUCACAUCCUACUCUGCCAAGGCUAAGCCCUACAUGACCAAGGAGAGCCUGGCCAAGUUCGUCAAUGAAAAGCAGCGUGACUCCCGCCUCAAUGAGGAGCUAUUCCCCCGCUUCAGACCUGACCAGGUGAAGGCCCUUAUCGAGAAGUACGAACCCUGCUCCUCCAACUCCAACAGAGGUCAGAUUUCUCCGGAAGGUCUGCUGUUCUACUUGAUGGGGCCUGAGACAUCUGUGGUCAUACUGGACAAGCUGGCCAAGUGUCAGGACAUGAGCCAACCUUUGCCCCACUACCUCAUCAAGUCUUCCCAUAACACAUACCUGACUGCUGGUCAGUUUUCCGGCGUGUCCUCUCCAGAGAUGUACCGCCAGUGUCUGCUGGCUGGCUGCCGCUGCCUGGAGCUGGAUUGCUGGAAGGGAAAACCACCGGAUGAGGAGCCUAUUAUCACCCACGGCUUCACCAUGACAACUGAGAUUCUGUUCAAGGAUGUGAUUGAGGCCAUCGCGGAAAGCGCCUUCAAGACGUCACAGUACCCCGUCAUCCUCUCCUUUGAGAACCACGUGGACUCGGUGAAGCAGCAGGAGAAAAUGGCUAACUACUGUAAGACCAUAUUUGGAGAUAUGCUGCUAAUGGAUCCUCUGGACAAGUACCCUAUAAAGCCAGGUCUGCAGAUCCCCAGCCCAGCAGAGCUCAUGGGGAAGAUCCUGAUCAAGAACAAGAAGGGCAGCCAUGGGAAGCCCAGCCAGGCCUGCCCCAAGAAGACAGAAGAGUCAGAGCAGCCCAUAGUCACAGCUAGCGCUGGCCAGGAGCCCAACCAGACAGGCCCUACUAACCCUGAGGACCAGUGUGUGACUGAAGGGGAGAUGACCAUGACCGGGGAGGAGGUGACCAUGACCGGGGAGGAGGUGACCAUGACUGAUGACCAUGAAGAACAGCAGGAGGAUGAAGACCAGGAUGAGGAGAAGAUGAAGAACUCGGACGAGGGUACAGCGGGACAGGAAGUGACAGCGUAUGAGGAGAUGUCUGCCAUUGUCAACUACAUCCAACCCACCAAAUUCAUCUCCUUUGAUAACUCCCGAAAGAAAAACAAGAGCUACCUCAUCUCAUCUUUUGUAGAGACCAAAGGGGAAAGUAUGAUCUCCAAGACUGCAGUGGAGUUUGUGGAAUACAACAAGAGGCAGAUGAGUAGGAUUUACCCUAAAGGAACCAGAAUGGACUCUUCCAACUACAGCCCUCAGCCCUUCUGGAACGCUGGCUGCCAGAUGGUGGCGCUCAACUACCAAACUAUGGAUUUCCCAAUGCAGCACAACAUGUCUCUAUUUGAAUUCAACGGGAGGACAGGCUACCUCCUCAAGCAUGACCUCCUCCGCCGUAGUGACAAGAAGUUUGACCCCUAUUGUGAAAGGAUCGACACCAUUGUGGCCAACACACUGACCAUCAAGAUAUACUCAGGCCAGUUCCUGUCAGACAAGAGUGUGAAGACAGGCGUAGAGGUGGAGAUCAUUGGGUUGCCAGGAGACCCCAAGAAGAAGUACCGGACCAGGUGGUCAACCACACCGAACGCCAUUAACCCCGUUUGGAAUGAAGAACCCUUUGUUUUUGAGAAGAUCCUGCUGCCUGACAUGGCCUCUCUCAGGGUCGUGGUUCACGAGGAGGGAGGGAAGUUUCUGGGCCACAGGAUCAUCCCCAUCGAGGCCCUUCAGUCGGGCUUCCAGCACAUCUGUCUUCGCAGUGAGAGCAACAUGCCUCUCACUCUGCCAGCUCUCUUUGUGUACAUCGAGGUCAAGGACUACAUCCCUGCUGCUUUUGCAGAUUUCACAGAUGCCUUAUUCAACCCAACAAAAAAUUCUGAGAAGACAACAAAGACGACAGAGUCAUCAGCAGACUACAUCUCCCCAUACGAGAUGCCCCUUGUUAACGUAAUACCGACUGUUGGAAUGACGGCUACAUAUACAAAAAGAGAGCCUGAGACUAAAGCUCCCUCUCCAGUGGAGGAAGCUGAUUCUACCCCUGGUACCCAGGAUACUCCGCCUACUCCUGAAGAGGCCCCUCCAGAGCCUGAACCAAACAUGGACUCACCGUCUCCCGCAAACACCAUCAGUGUGGAGGCUGAACAAGUUCCAAUCAUUCAGCCAUCUGUUGUUGGCCCCAUUCAGAGUGUAGAGCACGUUACAGAGCCUGAGGCCCUCCCUAACACCCCUGAUGUGGACCCAGAGGCUGCCCUAGCCACAGAGUUGACCCCUGACCCUAAGGUUGACUCUACUACCUGUACAGACCCCAACAGUAACGUCGACCCCACCCCAAAUGUUGACUCCACUCUAGACUCCAAUGUCGUCCCUACCCCUGAUCCAGAUGUUGAGUCCACUCCUGUUGCCGACCCUGCUAUAGCUCCUGUCCCUCCAUCUGAGCCCAGCUCAUCCGAUCCUGCACCUGAGGACUCCACUCCUCCAGAUGACAAUGAAGAGCCAUCCACAGUUCCAUGUGAGGAGCUACUACAGCACAAGAGUUUCCUGAAGGUCACCAAGAGACAGGAGAAAGACAUGAAGGAGCUGGAGAAGAAGUUCCAGAAGAAAGGGGAGGAGUUGAUCCAGAAAUACAGCGACACCUUCAAAGCCCUCAAGAAGAAGAACUCCGUGAAGAAAAAAGAGGUAGGGGGUGAAACGGCAGAGCCCGGCCCCAGGGUGGAGAGGGUGAUGGAGCAGAAGGAGAGGCUGCAGGUGGAGCUCAAAGCUCUGUGGGUGGAGCAGUGUGAUCAGCUGAAGAAGAGGAAGGAGCAGCAUGCCACUGAGCGAUUAGCCAAACUGUUGGAGAUGGCCACAGAGAGACACAUCAGUGAACUCAACACUCUGGCGAGUGAAUCGAAGGAGGCAAAGAAGAAAGGGAUGUCAAAGCGCUCAGGUUCAGACAAGGCAAGGCUGAAAAGGGCAAUGAGCAUGGACCUGGCUGAGGAGUCUGCAAAGACUGAUACAGUGUCCACAGACAGCAGUCCUCAGCAGGAUGCUCUUGUGAAGAGACAAACGGCCACACUGGAUGAGAUCAAAGGCAUGGCCAAUCAGCUCAAUCAGGAGGCCCUGGCGGAGUAUGAGAAGAAGAUUAGGUCACUUCCUGUUGAUCUGCGGGAGGCUGUGAACGUGUGUGUGGGGGCCCACUUCCCUGAGCAGAUAGACCAGGCUGGGGAGAAGCAGCAGGAUGGGGUGUGCUUCUAUGGAAAUGUCUUCCUGGGGUAGACGUGCUCCUGGACCCUCCUUUCCUCUGAAUGUUGUCGAUAUCUGAGAACAUCAGGUGUGACAUGUUAGAGGUGUUGAUACUACAGUAUGGGAUACAAAUUGGAAAGUUAUCAAUGAGUUGUAAUGAUAAUGAUUUAUCAAUGAGUCAAUGUAGAGAUCAGUACACAUUUGGAUAUAUUAGGAACACAUGCCUCUACCUCUUACUUAAGUCAUAUGGUCACAGCCUCAAGUGGUUCUCUUUCUGGCUUAACCUUUUACUGCAGUGGGCUGAAUUAGGGUCACAGUGUUUCUUGGUUCUCUUCAACAAAUCUACUUUGAAACUUAAGGAUACACCACCUCACACACAUGGUUAUGGGCUUUAAAAAAAGAAGACACCUGUGCCAUGUCAGAGAUGUAUUACAUUUUGAGUUUGCAUCCGAAUAUUACACUUUAUAUACAUCACAGAAGACUGAAAUGUAACAAAACCGUUUGACAUAGAAACAUUUUUUUUCUGCGUUGAAAUUAUGUUCAUGUUUAUUAAUUAUGAAAUUAUGAAAAAUAUGAAUAACAUUCCACCCAUGAGGUCACUAGAGGGGGAUUUCGUCAUUUGACUACAGGAAAGAGACAAUUAGAUUGAUGAAUUAGGUAUAAUGUGGAGAGAAGUGACUUUCUCUCAGUCUACUUGAAUCGAGUGGAUAAGUCAAUCUGUCACAGUUCAAUUGGACUGGGCUUUAUUAAUUUGAUAUACUCCCCCACACAUUUCAGAGAUUGGCUUUAUGUACAUGGGAGCAGAAAAUCCAUUGUGUGAUUGUAAUUUGCUGAGAAACUUUAAAUAAAGGAAAGGUAGAAGUUUAAACUGUUAUCAGAACAGAGGAGUAGGCCAUGAUGCUGGCUUUGUGUCAGUUAUAUUCUAGAUAGACUUACUCUCACUAUGGGAGACUAUCUUUACCAGCGUCUGUGUGGUUGGUAGCAGUGAUGUUAUCUAUUUAUGUGUUUAUUAAAUUACAAUUUCGUACUUAAUUAUGUCACUAAAGGAACUUUAUCUGCAUUAUGGAUUACAGUGCCUUCGGGAAGUAUUCAGACCCCUUGACUUUUUCCACAUUUUGUUAGGUUACAGCCUUUUUCUAAAAUUGUUUAAAUUGUUUUUGCCCCUCACCAAUCUACACAUAUUG